UUCACGGUUAAAUUUCGACUGAAUACAGCAUCCAUUUGCUCUCUUUUGCAGGGCAUAUUUGAGUUACUCUCCUUAUCAGGAUCAUUCAUGCCAAAUGAAAAUGGCGGAACAAAGAGCCGUUCUGGUGGGAUGAGUGUCUCAUUGGCAAGCCCUGAUGGACGUGUUCUUGGAGGAGGGGUUGCUGGUCUUUUGGUUGCUGCUAGUCCUGUUCAGGUCGUAGUGGGCAGCUUCUUGCCUGGCUACCAACUGGAGCAGAAAACAAAGAAACCAAAACAGGAGACAUCAGUCGCCAUGCCGGCAGACACAGUUAGAAUGUCCAACAUGGAGAUGGAAGAUACUCACACCAGCGGCGGACAAUCGCAGCAGUUUGCUUCUGCACCAAAACCAAACCUUACUACC